AAUAAUUCGGUCGCAAAAAAGAGUUUCAGAUCUAUAUUUGGGUUUGUCAAGAGCAACUCACAUGUAAGCCCGGAAUGCAGAAGGAGGAGUGUCAGGGAAUUGGGCGGGUCUUGGGCGGAGCGUGAUUGGCUGGUGGGCGGAGUGAGGCUGAGGCGCCGUGCGUGGCUCCUCCCCGGCCGGCGGUGCGCAGUGCCCAGGGGCGGUGCUCGUGACAGCUCAUUCAUUUGUGGCGGCGGCCGGCGUGAUUGACAGCAGUUGGGGUCCAGUGACAGGCGGACACGCACGCCGCUCCGCUCUCAGUCGCCUCAUGUCGAUUGACGUGUUGACGCGCGGUGCAGGUACGGCGCGGUGCUAGACGGUGCAGUGCGGUGCGCGGGUGGGCGUGUAGUGACUCUUGCGGCGCGACAUUGUGGUGGUGUACCGAGUGAAGCAAGCACAGUACUCUUGGGUGACAUGGCUCAGCCUGCCAGGUACGACGACGCGCUGGGGCACUACGGCGGCGGCGGCGGCACGAACAUGGAGACCGUAGCCAACAUGUACAGCGACCCUCACCGCAGCGCGGCGACGGCGGCGGCCCUGCAGCCGUCUCUCAUAAACCACAUGAACCACGUGGGCGGGGCCGCCCACAAUGCAGCCAUGUACGCCCAUACACAAGCCCCUAACCAUGUGGCGGCGAACCACGUGAUGGGCUCUAUUCCCGACGUGCACAAACGCGACAAAGACCUCAUAUACGGGCACCCGCUGUUUCCCCUGCUGGCGCUGAUCUUCGAGAAGUGUGAGCUCGCCACAUGCACGCCGCGGGAGCCCGGUGUGGCUGGCGGGGACGUCUGCUCCUCCGAAUCCUUCAACGAGGACAUCGCCGUCUUUUCCAAACAGAUUAGACAGGAGAAGCCCUAUUAUCAGGCAAACCCAGAGCUUGAUAGUUUAAUGGUUCAAGCAAUUCAAGUCCUGCGGUUUCACCUCUUAGAGUUAGAAAAAGUGCACGAGCUGUGUGACAACUUCUGCCACCGGUACAUAUCGUGUUUGAAGGGCAAAAUGCCUAUCGACUUGGUGAUUGACGAGAGGGAAGGUCCUAAGCCCGACAUGGGCACCGGGGACUCAAACAACAAUGCUGCGGCUGCCGCUGCCGGGCGGGCCUCGGCCGACACCACGCACACCGACGGCGCCUCCACUCCUGACGUGGGUCCCUCGUGGGAUUCAAGUGUUGACUCUAAAGGACCCUCCAAACACGACCAGCCUGAAUUCGCAUCGUCGGCGCUGCUGUGUAUGCCAAAGUUUGAGUGGACUAGUGGUGGUGAUGGUGGUAGCAGCUCUAAGCGGCCGCCGUCUUCGACAAUGUCGUACUCUGGGGGAGCGGGCGGGGAGGAUGCCCGAUCCCCAGGGUCGGGCGGUACCCCAGGUCCCCUCUCCCACCAGCCCUCCUCCCAGCAGUCGGGAGACAACACCAGCGAAGCAGUGUUUCCUACUCCUACAGGUGGGUCAGAACCUGCCACACUUGUACGUGGGAUGACAGACUCAUUAGGUAAGAAGAGCCCCGCUGGUCUGCACUCUCGCCUCUUUCAUGAGUUUGAAGGUGACGCCAGCAACGCAAGCAUCGGUUCAGGGGAAGGCACAGAGGAAGAUGACGACGCUUCCAAGAAAAACCAGAAGAAAAGAGGCAUUUUCCCCAAGGUGGCCACCAACAUCCUCCGAGCCUGGCUCUUCCAGCACCUCACACACCCGUACCCCUCCGAGGACCAGAAGAAACAGUUGGCUCAGGACACCGGCCUAACCAUUCUCCAGGUCAACAAUUGGUUUAUCAAUGCCCGCCGGCGGAUAGUUCAGCCGCUCAUAGAUCAGUCGAACCGUGCGGGCGCCAGUGUGCCGCACUUUCCAGGUCCGGCCGGCGCCUACUCCCCCGAUGCGGCGUCCAUGGGCUACAUGAUGGACGGGCAGCAGCAUAUGUUCCGCUCAGACCCCUACACCGACCAUGCCGCCGCCGCCGCCUACUACGGACACCCGGCGGCCGCAUACAACUACCCGCAUCAUCUAUAGGUCCGCGUGUAGCGGUCAAGUAGCGUGAGCGUGGUGUCCCUGAUGCCCUGAGCCACGAGCAGCCCCGCACCGAGAGUCCCCGAGUGUGGUAGUGUGGCGGCCGCCGGCGACAGAGAGGACUGUGGCGAGCCGGCGGCCGGUGCCCCCGCGGCGCGUAUGCGCCCCGCGUGGCGGCAGCGUCAGGGGAACUGUGUACAUAUUCUUGGUGUCUCGCGCGUUAACGUUUGUGAGGAGUGGACUGCCAGGGGUGAGGACAGUGGCGCGGGCUGGGCAGGGGCGUGGCAGGGCGGGGCCGGGCAGGGCAUGACACCCUUCCCGCCGCCGCCGCUACUGUUGUGGCUCAUCAUCAUCAUCAUCACCUCAACACCUCACCACCAGCCUGCGCGGGGCGUCGCUGUUGCAGCGUGACGUCACAAGCACAGCAGCAGCGGCAGUAACCUCCGAGGCGUCUCAAGGAUCAGCACCGGGAGCGGCUCCUCUCCGUGACGUCACGACACCACCACCACCGUCGAAAACCAAUGCGGCAGCAGCAGCAGCAGCAGCGCUGUGGGUGCGGCAGCCGCGCCAGCAGCACGCCGCUGCUCCGCGGGCCUGCUGCCCCCAAGUGCCGUGCGUCGCAUGUACCGAGAGCCGAGAGUAACGUGAAAGUGAUAUGUAUAUUAUUGUGUUGCACCAGAACCCAGUUUUGUUCACGAGUCCAACCACCACCGAAACCCGAAGGCGGUGCCGCGGUGACUCACGAGCCGCCAGUGGAAACAGCACAGGUGACGCAGCACCCCACCCUCCCAGGCCCACACCGCCGCGACGCUCCGCAGGUCGGGUCAGACGUGACCUCAGAUGACCUGGCUCGCCUCUGUGACCCCAAACUCAGGAAAAGUGUGAUGGCAGAAUGACCCCGCACGGUGGUGACCUACAGUGCACACACACACACACACACACACACACACACACACACACACACACACACACACGUAUCGCUCACUCAGAUCAUACAUUGUUUCCUGUGAUCUACCCCCAAAACGCACACACACACACAAACACACAAGCACACACACACACACACACACACACACACACACACACACACACACACACACACACACACACACACACACACACACACACACACACUUUCCGUUCCCCCUCCCCCACCCACACCUACUACAGAGCCAGACGUGCAUUUUUGUUAUAGGAGAAAGAACAGGAUAAUGUGACGCUGUAUACGACUUGUGAAUCCUGUAUACGAUUGCAGUUAUCAUCUUGUACAUUACGAGUUGUCUUCGGGUGACCCACCGGACUUGGACGCGGGAGCUUACGACUUCCGCGACUGUGUGGGGAAUAAAGGAGAGGAGAAGAACAACAGACUGACUAAAGGUUAAAAAAAAGAAAUUAAUAUACCUCGAUUAUUUUUUUUCCAAGCGGAUGUUACUACGACUGUGGUCAGAGGAAAUCUAUAAGGAAAACUAGAGACUACGGUGAUGAUACCAGUACAUGUAAACGUUAAUGCUUUAGUGGUAAGAGUCCCUCCCUUCUUAUUCUCCUUCUCCUUCUCUCUCUCUCUCUCUUUCUCUUUUCUCGUUACCAUUUUCUUCUUUUAUCCUCCGUCUUGUAUCUAUCUAUCUUCUCCAAAUCACUUUUUUUUGCGUGUUAUGUCUCAUCCUAUCGUCUUUUCUUUCAUGUUUUCCUCCUCCUCUUCUUCCUAUUCCUCCUCAAUCUUCCUACCUUUUCCUCAUCCUUGUCCUCAUCCUCUUCCUUGGUCUUCUCUUCCUUGUCCUCCUCCUCUAUCACUCAUUUACUUAACCUUUUUCUCCUCUUCCUUUUUCUUCUUUUCUCUCUCUUUUUGUCUUUUUUCCUCCACCUUCCAGUCGAGGAGGUCAGGUUCACGGAGGGAGUGUGUUGCCAUCCCCGAGUGACAACCCAACUUUAGGUAUACGUAUUGGGGGCAUCUGGCAACAGUGUGACCUUGAAAGGGACUCGCCGCUACUCCUACUUACCUUUGUAUCAUAGGUAACAUUUAAAUAAAUACACAAAAAAAUCCCUAAAAUAAAUAAAUCAAGAAGAAAGUUGAUACUGUUGUAAAAAAAAAUAAUAAGAUAAAGGUAAUAUUAAUACUACUACUGAAUAAAUAAAUGAAUCAAUAACCCAAACACUUUUCACACCUGCAGCAAUAUCGAUAUUAUUUCUGUGAUGUUCUGUGUUAGGGCUGACCAGUGCCAUUGUAGCGCACCGGAGGCAGCCGUGCGGGAGGCGGUGGGCAGCAGUUUGUCGGCUGACUGUAGCGGCUGAUCGACCUGCUAACAAAAAAAUAAUAAAUAAAUAAAAUAAUAAAAUAAUGUUUCGCGCGCUCACUUCCGGCGACUUAAGAGGAUUGAGUACUGCUUUCUUUGUUUUAUUUCAUUAUGUUUUUAUUUUCUAUGUAUUGUUUGUUUUUUUUAUCAUAUUUUCGUUUCCUCUCCCGUAUGAAGAGAAGUCUCCAGAUGAGUGGCGAGCAGCAGCAGCGGCAGCAGCAGCAGCAGCAACAGCAGCAGCAGCAGCAGCAGGGCAGGGCAUGACUAGCGCCGCCCUGCGCUGCGCUGCGCUCAGCCUGCGUAGCAUCAGUGACUGUCUCAAGUGUCGAGUGUCAAGGAGCUGAGUCGUGAAAACAGUGAAAAAAUUCCUCUGUUUCUCUCUCAUUUACACAAUCAGAAUGUUAUGGGCGCGAGAAUUAUGGGAAAAAUUCAACUCAAAUUCAUUGAUGGAAAAGUCCAAAUUGUUGAUGUGUGGAGCAGCGGCGGCGGUCCGCGGGGAGCACCGAGGAAGACUUCCUUUCUGUUGCUUUCAUGGUAUUUAAUCCUCUUUCCAUAUUUUGAGUUCCAUUUUGCCAUAUAUUUUGACCUGCUCAUUAUACGAAUUCUGAAGAAGGAAAACAACCGAAAUAGUUUAUCUUAUUCCUGUGCUGUUGUGUUGCCACAUUGUAAUCUUAUAAAGAUGUUUUUGGCGUCAGUGGACCCCGUAUGGUUAGGUAACUGUGUAGUAGUAAAACUCUAUCCGAUUUCUGAGCCGCUUUCCCUUGUUUUUUGUACAUACUGGACGUUCCCUCUGCCAGUGACUCUUCCCGUGACUGCAGUGUAGAGUGGCAUUUCUACAGUGGUUGUAUAUUUGUAUCCUAAAUUCAACUUCUCAUGAAGAAAACAUUGUUACAACAAAGUUCAAAAUGUCUGCAAUUCUGUAAAAUACAUUUUUUAGCUCUUAUAAUAGAAUCAUAAGAAUUUAGUUGAUUCGUUAUCGAAAUUCUUCUUUCCAGUCUGCAUUCAAUGAAAGCAUUAAAUGCUGGGUAUUGUGUAUAUGAUUUUUCCAAAAAUAAACGUGUUUUAAACUA